AUGAUGUUUAUUAAGCUAGUUAUAGGCAAGCUUAUCGUGAACGUUGUUAGUGCAUAUGCAUCCCAUGUGGGUCUUGAUGAAGAAGUCAAAAAGCUCUUUUGGGAGGAUUUGGAUGAAGUAGGGAGAGGUAUACCUAGUACCGAAGAGAUUUUCAUUGGUGGAGAUUUCAAUGGUCAUAUCGGUACAACUUCUAAUGGUUUUGAUGAUGUCCAUGGAGGCUUUAGUUUUAGGGAAAGGAAUGGUGGCGGGGUUUCUCUCUUGGAAUUUGCCAAAGCUUUUGAAAAAGAAGCUAUCGAGGUUCUUAGGGUAUCGAGAGGAAUCUUUGGUGGUCGUCAAGGAGAUUGGUGGUGGAAUGGAGAAGUACAAGGCAAAGUGAAAGCCAAGAAGGUUACCUAUACGGAGUGGUUGGAGUGCGUGGAUGAGGAGAAGAAGAAUAGGCUUAAAGAUAUUUAUAGGAAGGCAUAG